AUGAGCCUGAAGCUACUUCUGGUGUCAGAAAGAACGGAGGAGGAGAGGCUGCGCGACUUCCCUCCCCAGCUCCAGCCGCCCCGCCGGCCCCGGGCAGCCAGGCCCGGGCGCUCCGCAGGGCUCCUCCCUGCGCCGCCGCCCGGGAGCCGCCCGCAGGGACCGUCGCACCCCGCUCCUCCCGCUGCGGCCGAGAGGAAGCAGGGGCUGCAGGGGCUGCAGAGCGCGGGGCGCACAGGUGGGGACUGGGCCCGGACCCCACGGCGGCCCGCCCGAGACCUGCCCUCCAGCGCACGCAACGAGGGGGCAGCGCAGCCCGCGAGGCCAGCCCUCCCCGUGCGCCGGCUGCCGCGGGACGCCGAGCGUCGGGCGUCGGGCCCCAACCGCACAGACCCGGGCCGGGGGUGCCCAGCGCAGGUCCGCCCCCGCCCCCCCGCCCCCCCGCCCCGCUUCCCCGCGGGCCCGCUCCGCCCUCACCUGUCUGCGGGGCACCCGGCAGCCCGCCCGUCGAGGCUUAUCCCUGCCGCCGCUCAAGCCAGGCGAGAAGCGAGCGGAAACGCGGCCUGGGCCUUUCCCUUCUGCCCCUCCCCCCACGCACCUCGAUCCGCGGGGGCGGGGAGCGACGGCCGCUGUCACAGCCUCUCGCCGACCAACCGCGAGGACGCCCGGACCCGCCGCCUCCCGACCCGGCCCGCAGCCCCCGCGCCGAGAGCAGCGGAGCCGGAAGUGAGGAGGCCGGAAGUAGCGUCGUCCUGGGCCCCGGCCGGCCUCUCUCUCCCUCCGUCCGGCGCGGCCCGGCCACGUCUCGAUGGUGCCAGCGCGCCUCCCUCGGGGCCUCCCCCGCCCCCCUCCCGGAGCCGGCCCCGCCCCCCCGCUGCGGCCCUAGCAACCACAUCCGGGGCUCCGCGGGCGCUGUUGCCCGGGUAA